AUGGAUAUAGUUUCAACAGAUAAUGAAUGGGUAUCUUUAGAAGAAAUUACUCCUCAACCAAUGGAAAUACAGCAAACAUUGCCUGUUGUUAAUAAUAACAUAGUAAAAAAUGAACAUGAAGUUGAAAAUCUUUUUCUCAAUAAAUGUUAUUCAAAAAUACGUUCACAUCUAAGUAUUUUUAUUUCUAUUUUAUUUGUAAGUUUAUCAAUACUUACUGGUAUUUUGGUUAUUUGUUUAACACCACGAUCACAGAUUGAAUCUUCAUGUUCAUUAAAAUUUACAUCAAUAAAUUCGUUUAAAAGUCAAUAUGAUUCAUUUCCGCAAUCUCUUGCGCUUGCAGAUUUUAAUAAUGAUUAUAAUAUUGAUAUAGUUAUUGCUAAUACUAACAAUGAUAAUAUUGAAAUAUUUAUUAAUAAUAAUAAUCAAACAUAUAUUAGUCAAAUAACUUAUUCAACUGAUAUUAAUUCUCAUCCAUAUUCAGUUACAGUUUCUGAUCUUAAUAAUGAUACAUUUAUUGAUAUUAUGGUUGCUAAUUAUGGUACACAUUCAUUUGGAAUUUUUUAUGGAUAUGGAAAUAAUACAUUUAAUAAUCAAAAAACAUUUUCAACGGAUUCUUCGCGUCCACGUCAAGUUAUUGUUGCUGAUAUUUAUAAUGAUUAUUAUCUUGAUAGAAAUCAUUCAAAUAUGAUCUAA